UCGCGAUCUCCGUCUAGCCGCCGGCGAUCGGGAAGCGAAGAGCUCGAACCCUAGAAAAUGGCUCUUACCCAGUCCAACCUCCAACCGGCACCCGCCUCCUUCGCUGCCGCCCUCUCCUCCUCCCGAUCCCUAUCCUUAUCACCAGACCUCUCCUUCCCCUCCUCCUGGCACCGCACCCGGCGCAGCCUCGCGAUCCGGGCCUCCGCCGUCGCCGCGCCCACCUCGACCCCCUCUGCGGCCGCCCAGAAGUCUGCCGUCCAGUCGGUCAAGGCCCGCCAGAUCGUCGACAGCAGGGGUAAUCCCACCAUCGAGGUCGACCUCGUCACGGGCGACGGCGCCCUCUUCAGAUCCGCUGUACCGAGCGGCGCAUCUACCGGUAUCUACGAGGCUCUCGAGCUAAGAGACGGCGACAAGAAGGUAUAUGGCGGCAAAGGUGUGCUCAAUGCCGUCAGGAACAUCAAUGAGAUUCUCGGCCCCAAGCUUAUCGGCGUCGAUGUCAGGAGUCAAGCGGAUGUGGAUGCGAUCAUGCUCGAUAUGGAUGGAACGCCUAAUAAAUCAAAGUUCGGAGCCAACGCUAUCCUUGGAGUUUCGCUUAGUGUUUGUCGGGCGGGUGCGGGAGCAAAAGGAGUGCCAUUGUACAAGCAUAUCCAGGAACUAUCAGGAACGAAGGAGCUCGUUAUGCCAGUUCCUGCCUUUAAUGUGAUCAAUGGAGGUAGCCACGCAGGAAAUAAUCUUGCGAUGCAAGAGUUCAUGAUAUUGCCCGUUGGCGCAGCUUCAUUUGCCGAGGCUCUCCGUAUGGGUAGUGAAGUAUAUCACGUCCUUAAGGGUAUUAUCAAGGCAAAAUACGGUCAAGAUGCAUGCAACGUUGGAGAUGAAGGUGGCUUUGCUCCAAAUGUUCAAGACAAUAGGGAAGGAUUGGUUCUACUUAUGGAUGCUAUUGAUAAGGCUGGUUAUACUGGAAAGAUCAAAAUUGGUAUGGAUGUGGCUGCUUCUGAGUUUUUCACAAAGGAUGGAAGAUAUGAUCUAGACUUUAAGAACCAGCCAAAUGAUGGAAGUUAUGUCUAUGCUGCUCAAAGCCUUUGCGACAUAUACAAAGACUUCGUCAAAGAUUUCCCUAUUGUUUCAAUUGAAGAUCCCUUUGACCAGGAUGAUUGGUCCUCAUGGGCAUCACUUGUGUCUUCAGUUGACAUCCAGCUUGUUGGCGAUGAUUUAUUGGUCACAAAUCCAAAGAGGAUUGCUGAGGCUAUUGAAAAGAAGGCCUGCAAUGCUUUGUUACUAAAGGUUAACCAGAUUGGCACCGUUACUGAAUCCAUUAAAGCGGCGUUGGACUCGAAAGCUGCUGGGUGGGGUGUAAUGGUUAGUCACCGAAGUGGUGAGACAGAAGACAAUUUUAUUGCUGAUCUAUCUGUCGGGCUGGCUAGUGGGCAGAUAAAAACAGGGGCUCCAUGCCGCAGUGAGCGUCUAGCCAAAUAUAAUCAGCUCCUGCGCAUCGAAGAAGAGCUUGGGGAUGUCCGUUACGCUGGUGAAUCUUUCAGAUCUCCGUUAUGAGAAAUACCACAAGGCUCCUACUCCAGCAGAAAUAAUCGAGGUCACUAGGAGUAGGAAUUCAAGUCUAGGAGUCCACAAAGAUUUUACGUACAUGAGCACCUUCGAUACACUUGUAAGGUGUGGCCUUCUACAGCUCUUCUGUUUCAUUGGCGUGAUUUUUUCUUCCGGAAAAUAAUAUAUUACGGCAUUGUAUUCUUAUACUUCAGUAACUAGUUUUAUUUCCUGAAUAGGUCCAAAUGAUGGCUGUUCUUUUUA